GCCAGGCGAGAGAUGCGGGAGGCAGCAGCAGCAGCAACCAGGAUGGCGCCGCCGCCGCCGGGAAGGACCAGCGCCCCGCCCGCCGCCGGGCCCGCGUCGCGCCUCUGAAGAAGGAGCCGCUCAUCCAAGUCCCAGCCAGCCCGGAGGGAUGGGAACAGCCAGGUGAACAGGACUUGGUGAAUGAGUUGGACCUUCAAGCAGGAGACUGAAUGGAGAAACUACAGAAGCACCAGCUGACAUCCCCAGGGAGCCUCUGCUCUUCCCGGGGCUCCAGCGUCCCUGGGUCACCCUCCAGCCUUGUGGCAAAAAUGGACAAUGAAGUCUACAAGGACUUAGCAGCAAUCCCCAAAGACAAGGCGAUCCUGGACAUAGAGCGCCCCGACUUGAUGAUCUACGAGCCCCACUUUACCUACUCCCUCCUGGACCACGUGGAGAGGCCGAGGAGCCGAGAGCGCUCCCUCUCGCCCAAAUCCCUCUCUCCACCUCCUUCUCCAGAAGUCACUCGCGACUGGAUGGAGGAGAGCAAGUCUCCAGGCAAUGCCUCCCAGCCGGGCAGCCGCCGAACCAGCAGCAGCAGCCGCAGCGGAGUCCACCAUUUCCACCGCCCUGAUACCAACACGGCAGAGAUGAACAUCUACAAGAAGCCUCCCAUCUACAAGCAGAGAGAGCAGUCGGUGACGCCAACCCCGCAGAGCAAGCACCUGAUCGAGGACCUGAUCAUCGAAUCCUCCAAGUUCCCGGCUGCCCAGCCGCCCGACCCCAACCAGCCGGCCAAGAUUGAGACGGACUACUGGCCCUGCCCGCCCUCCUUGGCAGUUGUGGAGACCGAGUGGCGGCGGCGGAUGGCCUCCAAAAGAGGCGAGGACGAGGAUGAGGACAGCACGGAAGAACUGGGGAGCCUGCGAGAGUUGCAGAAGCAAGAGCUGAGCAAGGUGGCCUCCAACCUUGGCAAGCUCAUCCUCAAGGAGGAGAUGGAGAAGUCGCUCCCCAUCCGGAGGAAAACCCGUUCCCUUCCAGACCGGACGCCCUUCCACUCCUCUCUUCACGGCGGAAGCUCGAAAUCUUCCUCCCUUCCUGCCUACGGGAGAAGCACCCUCGCCAGGCUGCAGUCCACAGAGUUCAGUCCUGCCGGCAGUGAGAAAGGGAGCCCAGGUCUACAGAACGGCCAGAGAGGGCGGAUGGACAGGGGAAACUCCCUCCCUAGUAUGCUGGAGCAAAAGAUUUACCCUUACGAGAUGCUGAUGGUGACGAAUCGGGGGAGAGUGAAACUGCCUCCAGGCGUGGACAGGACAAGGCUAGAGCGCCACCUGUCAGCCGAAGAUUUCCUGCGUGCGUUCGAGAUGUCGCCGGACGAAUUUGGCAAGCUGGCCCUGUGGAAGCGGAACGAGCUGAAGAAGAAAGCCUUCCUCUUCUGAUCCCAGCCCCCGCGCAGAGCCGACAUGCCCGGCGUGACGCUCCGUGCGUGUGUGCCGACCCGUCUUUCAUCACAGACGCUUUAGGGCUACUCUCGAGCUCGUUCGAAGGGACGUUGCUCCUUUCUCCCCACCACCACCCAACCGCCCUCACUGCAGAGGUGGCUGCCAUGCCUUGACUCUUGGGGCAGAGGAAAAGUGGGUCAGGAAAAGAGUGGUGAGCACCCUGUGCUGGAUGUGGCGGCUGCGGGGGGUGCCAAGUCCCUUCCCCACUCCCACCCCAGUGAAAAUCAGCCAUGUGUGGGGUGGGAAGAGGCCAGGGUGGAGAUAAGGUGUUCUGUGCUGCCACCCUUAAGCUCAUUCCGUUGCUGGCUUUACUCCCAGACCACGCAUCCUCUCCCCCCUUUGGCACAAAGGCCCAUCAGGUUUUCUAAACUUGGGCAAGAAUGA